GCCAUGUCGAUGUCAUCCUCCUCGCCGCCGUCGCCGCCGCUGCCACCGCCGGCGGCGGCGUCGGACGUCGCCGGGACGGACAUUCUGCUGUCCCUGCUGCCGGAGAUCCUGGACGACAUCCUGACGCGGCUGCCGCUGAAGGAGGUGGUCCGCACGUGCUGCCUGUCGCGCGGGUGGGCGCGGCGGUGGGAGUCGGCGUCGGGCCUCGACGUCCGGUUCCGCGGGUUCUACUCCGCCGGCGCCGUUGCCGGCGUGCUCGCCCGGUGCGCCGCGCCCGUGGCGAGCUUCGACAUCGAGGUCCGCCCGCGGCUCCGCCCGCGCGCCGCCUACUGGCUCCGCGCGCUGGCGGAGAAGCGCGUCCGCUCGCUCCAGCUCGCCUUCGGCUCCUCCCGCGCCGACGAGCCCGGCGUCUUCCCCGGCGUCGGCCGCGCCAUCUACGCCCGCGCCGAGCUCUCCAACCUCUACCUCCGCUACUGCGAGCUCCCGCGCCCGCCGCCGCCGCAGCCGGGCCAGGGGUCGUUGUUCGCCGGGUUCCCGCGCCUCACCAGGCUGGCGCUCAACAGCGUCAAGCUCCCGUUCGCCGGCGCCGGCGCGCUGCUCGAGCGCGUGAUCGCCGGCGCGCCCGACCUCGCCGACCUGCUCCUGGUGGACGUGAUCACCGGCGUCGUCGCCGGGGGCGAGAAGAAGGUGGAGGAGGAGGAGCCGGAGGCGUGGGCGAUCCGGGCGCCCAAGCUCCACUCGCUGACGCUCUGGACGCCGGCCGUCGACAACGGCUGCCGCGUCGCCGGCGAGCUCCCGCUGCUGAACGCGGCGAACAUCUCCGUCGACGCCUUCCUCGGAACUGAAGAUUUUCUCGACACUCUCUGGCUGGUUUCGCGUGUGAAGGUGCUCAAGUUCUCUGUCAGAGACAGGGAGGUCGAUGAAAAUCCAUUGGAGAGAAUUACAUGGAAGUUCCGGAACUUAAGGACUUCAAACUUGAGCGUUGAUUUUGGCAAAAUCUCAAGUAUCAUGUCAAUCUUUUCUUUACUGCGUUGUGCUCCACAGAUUGAACAACUGAAUAUUGAGGUUGAUCUGAAAGAAGCACAGGGAGAUGAUGAGAUUCAUGAAGGGAUUCUAGAAGCAUAUAUGAGUGAAGAUUUGGUUAGAAGUCUCAAGCGUGUGACCCUGUCUUUUAUCAAGUGCUUCCCAGGGGAGAUGAGCUUUAUCAAGCUUCUUCUAUCCAAGGCAGCAUCCCUUGAAUCACUUAAAGUCAUGAUGUUCUGGCAUCAUAUAAUGCCCGUUUCGGAUGCGUGUCUUCUUUUCACGACAUACAAAAAGGAGUCAUCUACCCAGGUGAAGUUUAUAGUGGAGCAUGGCAUGGACACAUUCGACAUCGGCUCUUAAUUUGGGAGUCCAAAUAUUUUCCGGAAUAAACGGAAGAACACCUUCUCUGGACUUGCAAACUGUGUUGGCUGUAGAGAUGGAUGUUGUUGCACAAACCAUUGUUUGCCUUUUGUUUUUCCUUGAGAGGUGUCUCUGAUACUCAUGUUUGUGACUUACUGUCAGAUUGCUUUAGAUGUAACACCUGAACCAAAUUAUGGUGUUUUAGAUUUCUGAAAUUUGUUAGUAGA